ACACGUUUCAUGUCGCGUUUCCAAAUAAACAAAAUAAACUCGACGGUCGAUCGAAUUUAAUAGAUUAGGCGAACGAUGAUUGACACCCUUUUUUCACGUACGAAAUGAUAAAAAGGAUUGACGUUAUCUUUGAGCGAGCGAUUUGUUCGGAACGAACGGGAUGUUCGAAAGUGGAACAAUAUGUUAAAACGGUCCAAUUAAAAUCAUUGACAGAGAUAGAAAUUAAUGAAGUAAUCGCUGGUACUAAUUGACUUUUUGAAACUCGAACCUCGUUAAUUGCUUGAACAUUGAAUUCGUCUAUGAUGCAGCUCGACAGACGUUAAUUUAUUGAGUAGGUUGACGAGUUAUGUAAAGUUAUUUGAACAGACGGUCUUGUGAUACUUUCGGUACGCUGAAUAUCUAGUGAAGUUUUUACGACGUAUAGAAAAUCUUGCAAUGGCAUACGAGACGAUCAGAAACGAUCAUGUACAUUUGACGAUUGAUUUGAUGGGAGAUCAAUCGUAGCAAUUAUUCACGAUGAUUUGAUUGCCGUAGAUUGAUCGCCGGGAGAACACUUGUAUGCAUUCGAUCAAUGUUCGUGUACAUAACAGAUUUGCAAACCCUCGAAGAUUAUAGGAAAACAUAAAUAUGUAUAGAUUAUUUUGUAGGAUAUUAAAAAUUAAAAAUCAUCAGGUUUCAUAAUAGACUCUGGCAGACUAAAAGUUUCGUCAAUUGAGUAGGCACGACAUAAAUCGAUCGCACGCUUGUGAAGGACGAAACAAAUGGCGCAAGAACUAUAGAGAAGCUCUGCUCGUUCGAAUAAUGUAGCUUGCAUCGCGUGCGCCAAGCAUAUUUUUUUACUCAUCCCUUUCGCAAAUAUUCUUGACUCAGAAAAAGGAAGGAGCAGACCAAACGGUCUUUCGAAACGAUUUCAUCGAAGAUAAUUUUCUAAUUCUGUAUUUUAAGAUUUUAGUUUAAAGGGAAGAAAAUCAUUACUGGCACAACGUCACAAACAAAUUGAAUAAUUAAACGAGGAGUAUGUCUCAAGCUGAGUAUUUUAUGAACAAUUAGUAUCAAGAUGUGUUAAAGUAGUAAAUGACAGAGACUCGCACACAUGCUCGAAAUCUUGAUGAACACCGUUAGCUAUUUUAAUACCGUGUCAAGGUGUUAAUUAUACAUGCAUUCAAGUUCGAGCUUUAUUUCCCAUUGGGAGGAACGUGCGCCUGUAGAACUGGGACGUAUGCCUACAUAUAUAAAUUUCGAUGUCAGAACGUUCUUCGCAUUUAAUCGAGGUUUUCCAUUCACCUUGCUUCCACGCGAAUUCUUUCCCACUGCAGUUUCUACCAUCUACUCUCUCCUUCAAUCGAGAGAUUAUAAUUAAUCUCAUGCGAUCAUAGAAAAUAUCUAGAAUAUAUUUUUUAAACUGAUACCAGGAAUGUUUCAUGUAGCAUAAAAAUCCACAGUCUAAUUAUAAUGUAAAGGAAGAUAAUCGUGAUCAACUUUCUUCUCGAUGUUUAAUAAUAAAUAAAUAGGAAUAAUCGGAAAUCGAAUAUUAUCUAUUUUUAGUUAAUGAAAUUCUCUUACGUCAAUGCAGUCAAUUCUAAUAGGAUAUGUAAACGACAUCGGGAAACAGAAUUCUUUUACUAUUAAACUUAUAUAUCGAGAUUAAGGUCGACAAUAAUGAUGAGAGACUUUCUCAUAGUAUUACUAGCUGACCCGUUCUUUUAGAAAUCGAGGAUGAUCUCCAUUUCCAAUUUUAUUGUUCUCCCGUAGCGAACGUCGUGAAAGAAUGCGAACAGGUUGAACAGAGCCGAGGGAUCGAAAGCCUAAAAAGUACCGAUUUAAACUUGUAUAGAUAAAGUCCGAGGUAUGCGAGAAAAACGAGCAUCUGAAACUAGGGAAACCGUGAAGGAUCGAAGACCGAAUAAUCGCCGGGGAAGUAAAGCGGUACCAGCCUCGAAUACAGCGUAAUCGAGACGUUCGAAAAUGACCCAAGACUUGAAACCACGGACGAAAAGGAUGACGGUACGACGAACGAUGACGAUGCUGGCUACGAUAGAAGCAACCAACAAGCGCAAUGGUACAAGCGUACACGAAGUCGUGCCUAUUUCACCGGGAUACAAUGUCACCACGACGGCUAGCAAGACGAGUCACUUCGAAACCGAUUUACACGGGAACGUUAAUAUUCUUCUUGGCGGAGCGAUGCUUAGCGGCGUGAUUAUGGUCGUCUUCCUGAUGUGUUACUGCUGUCACAAGAGUAUCCGGAAGAACCGACCGCAAGAAUAUCCGCAGUAUUGGAGAACGGAACCAGACGUGCACAGUCUCGAAGUCUUCACCACAGAAGCGCACGCCGCUUGCUGCGAUAGACAAUCGACCAUCGAAGGGAAUCAGGACGAGAACACGUAUGGGUCCCUUCCGUGCCCCGUGACACCCAGCUCUGGCCCUGGACCACCUCCGACUUACGACAGUCUGAUCUUCGAUCCGAAGAGCCUGCCCAACACCAUCGACAAAAAGCCUGACGGCGCGGACACGCCUGGCACUAUAAUUCCUACCAUGGUGUCCACGUUGCUAGGCCUGAGCUCGACCGUGAGAUCCACGGAUAGCAACGAGGCUACGGAGCAAGAAAUCACCGACGAGGGACUGCCUUCUUACGAGGCCGCCUUGAAGCUGGACGCGGACGGCUACGUGUAAUACGCAGCCUACGGUCCCUACUAUUCCUAAACAAUUUUACGAUUCCUCGAACCAAACGUGCCUUUUCUCAGAGAAAACAAAGAUUCGAAGAGACGGAAACGUGGCUCGACGAAACAUUCGGUUCGCCAGCUACUCGACAAAACUCGAAUUUGUCCGAAGGUGAAAAGCGGCUGACAUAUCCAGAAUCGGCGAUAUCAACGAAUUCGAUUCUUAUCAGUUUAUUGUAAUCGCGUUUGUUAAAUGUUUUGCCGACUGGGACGCGCGUGGGCAGCGUAAGAAAUCGAUGAUCUUAUGCUUCAACUGACAAAGGCCACUUUAGUGGUCCUCUGCUAUAUCGUUGAUCAGCUUAAAGACCACUUUAGGCAGCUGUGUAUUAAGCCCCCAUUUAUAGUCGUUCGUGGAGCUGAUCGUGUUGCGAAUUCGUGUACGUGUUACUUAACGUGACCGCCCGAAGGUCUUGCGAUUAAAAGAAACAGCGAGUUACAGCUAGAAUGGUAGCAUCAAUUAAAGCGACGUGAUAAAAAAAAUUGUUCAUUUGCGGUUUAUCUUUACUAAUAAUACGAGUCUAACGAUAAUUGUCUCUGUACUUUUUCACUGAUUAUACAUUAGCAAGGCCACUUCUUGUACUGUU